UUGAAAAUGGCUGCGAACCGUCGCAAGCAGGACGACAAAAAUUUAGAAAUUUUACGUGAGCUAAUUUCGCAAAAUGGUAACAAAUAUUGUUUAGAUUGUAAUCAAAGAGGGCCUACUUAUGUUAAUACAACGAUAGGAUCUUUCGUGUGCUCAAAAUGUUCGGGAAUGUUGCGUGGUCUCACUCCACCACAUCGCGUAAAGUCAAUUUCUAUGGCUACCUUUACUCCAGAAGAAAUAGAGUUUAUAAGAGUCAGAGGAAAUGACUACUGCAGGCGUGUUUGGCUAGGCCUGUAUGAGGGUGAAAGUGUGAAUUACACCGACGAACAACGCGUCCGAGAUUUUAUGUCUGAUAAAUAUGAAAAGAAGCAAUAUUAUCUAGAAUCAGCGCCUAACAAUAUACCCAUUGUAAACGGCACCUCGUCACAGAAAACUAAAAAUAAACAGAAAUCGGUCAGUGCAACUAUUACUGCGCCAUUGAUCGCGAUUUCACCGAUCUCUAAAAAUUCACUUAACAACAACACAGUGAAUUUAACUAAAAUAAUAUCCGCCACACCUGUUCAAGAAACAAAUCAUAAGAUAGCUAGGCCUGUUAAUAAUCUCGCGCCCCCUUUGUUUAACGGCAUUAACGCUGCACCUGUCGCCCCUAUGGCUCCUGUAGUACCUGAUUUUCCUGUAGAUUUUUCGACGGCAAAUAUAUACAACAGUGCUCAAAACAAUAACACUGUCACUAAUAGUGUUAACAACAAUACAAGUCGAUCUUCAACUACAAGCACAUCAGCAUUUAAUGCUUUUAAUUCAACAAAUUCUGCCACAAAUGAUCGCUAUGCGGCUCUAGCAGACCUCGAUUUAGUAUUUAGACAACAAAAAACUAUGGAGGAAAAUGUGAUGAGUAACAAUCCGUUUCAAACUAACGACGGAUUCGCUAACAAAAAUCCAUUUUUCAAUGGAGGCUGGAGUACUGCACCUGUUUCUGUUAAUCCAUUUAUGCCGGCAAGCAACGGGAGCUUCGUGAACCCGAAAAACCCAUUCCUCUGAUAGGCGUAAGUAAUAUCGCGAACAAAUUUACGUAACAAAAGCACAAAAUGCUACAAAUCUAAUUAUUUAUUAAGUAUAUACAUUUGCCAUAGUGCUUAGUAAUGGUUGUAACUUAAGUGCCUCAAUAUGCCUUAAAUCAGAUCUUUAUUCUUAUAUGUAUUACGCUUUAGUAUUCGGAAUGUUUAGAAUAUACUUUAAAAUGUUAAGAUGUUGGUCUGAGCUUUAUUAAUUGUAAUUAGUAUAGAAACAAUUACGACCUUGGAACGAAAUUUAUUUUUUCUACUUAAUAACUAACGAACAAACUACAGUAACAGUAACCUAUAACGCAGUAGUCCCGGACCGCGUUAGAGUUAAUCGCGUUGUAGGAGUAAACUCGUAUUUUUGAACAAUUGAAAAACCUGGAACAGUUGUUUCGUUUAAUUUUAUAACGGAAUUGAAACAGUUGCAAAAGUACGCGAAACUAUUUAUGGGCUUAACAAAUUAUUAUAGGAAUACUGCGUUAUGAGAGACGGAAAUCGCUUUAUAGGGGGAUUCUGUAUUGUAUAGUCUUGUGGACGCGUGAUAAAUAGAAGACAUACGAUAAAUGAACUCGAAGUAACUUAAAAAUUAGAAUUUAAUGAAUUGUAAUGUAUUCGUAACCGUCCUUCGAUUGCAAUAUGCCAAAUAUAAUAUGAGGUAUGUAAGAAAUUGUGUAAUUAUUUAGUCAAAAUUAUUUUCUUAAAGUUUUUAGUAUUGGGUCAAAUUGAAAAUAUCUUGUUUAUAAUAGAAUUGACCAUGUUUGUCUAAGAAAAAUAUAUUUCUUAAAACAAAAAAAUCAAAUACAUUUAAAAAUAAAUCAACCUCUUGAUAUAUUGAACACAAAAAAUAAUUUCUUAUUAAAACUCUAUAGGCCUAAUAUUUGUAUAUACAGUACUAUGUAUGGCAACAACUUAAUUCACGUUUUCUAAGGCUGUAUUUUUUUUUAAUCAAUGAACUGAGAAUGAUAUAUUUCAUUCCAAGGGCGUAUUCGACUGGACUAGGUUUGUUAUUGGCAUGUAAUACAGAGCUUUAUUUGGAAAAAUUAACAGCGUUAUGAGUAACACAGCGGCCGUAAUGUUUUAACGUCAGAAAUAAUAUAUUUUGUGAAAGGUAAUAAUUUAGUAAAAAUGAACAAAUUAAUAAAAUAACGUCUCAUUAAUGUAUAUUUAAUUAACUGUUAAAUGCAGAAGAUAGUUGAUUAUUCACUAAUAAUUAAUCAAUAAAUUCGUUGAUAAGUACGUAAAAUAUAAUUCAGCAGGGUUACUCUGUAAAACUGGAAAAUGCAAACUCAAAAAGGUUGGAUUUUGUAAUAUAAUAGUACCGAUUGUUAUAAUUAUUAUAAAGAGGAGACACAAUUUCGAUGUACACAUCUAUUGAUAAAAUUCCGUAGUAAGCGUUACGUGCGAAAGGUUUUUUUAUACAAAUAUAGUAGGGGCAUGUUGUCAAACUACUGUAACUCGAGAAUUUGUCUGUGCAAUGAUAACCGUCCAAUGUUUUCCCGCGCAAACGUAUUUCUGAGGCAAAAGUUCACAUAAUAAUUUCUACAUACUAUCAACAAUAGCGGUUACACCAAAUAUUGCUUAAAAUUAUACUAUUGCCUUGUUUCGUCUAACCAUGGAAUAGAUAAAUAUAGGCACCGCAUACGUGCCACGUGAUUAAACAGUCAUAUUUCAUAGAUUUUACUUAAACGUAUUUCAAGGUAGCCAAAGUUUCUAGUACAAAAGUCUCUUUGAAUAUUAUUUGUCUACUCUGUGGGAAGUCUAUAAUAUAAUCCUCUAUAUUUUUGAGUUUUUUAAUUAAAAUAGCUGCAAAUCGCCUUUGUUGAUGGCCCAUUUGAGUAUUAAAUGACAUUAAUUAUGCAAAUACUCUAUAGAAUUAUUAAGGCUUUACUAGUGAUUUUAUUGUACAAAACAAGAACAUGACAGAUUUCGAAAUUAGCACAAUCUAGAUUAAGAAAAUUUAUAGAAAUUGAGAGGCUAGUUCCCUACACAAGCCAAUUAAAUGCAUGUUUAAUUCGGUUUUUUAAGUGUGGGAAUAUUUUAUAUUUUGAAGUUUGUAUAUUAUGGCUGAGCAUUUCCAUUAAUUUCCUCUCAAAUUCUUAACUGUGAUUGUAACCAGUCUAUUUGUAUUGCAAUUAAUUUUUGAAAAUUUUAUCAAUGCACUGACUAUUUAUUUAGUAUUAAUUAUGUACUCUGAGCACUGAGAUCUGUUAAUUUGUAUAGAAGAUGUAAAAAUAAAUCAAUUAAGGUUA